CAUUUUCACAUUUGUCUACGAGCGCCGCGGCGACACCUGAAGAAAACUAAUACGCCUUCCUGCUUACUAAUUUAGAGGAAGGAUUUCUAGAAAACCUCUUAAUUCUAAGAGUAUGGCAAAUUUAAAACAGGACACUGCUGACUUGACCGAAACUGGACUGUCUGGACAGGAAUUACAAUUCUUGGCUGUCGACAAUAGGGGAGUGGUGAAUAAUCCAACCAUCCAAGCUUCUUGGGCAGCGAAAAAGUUAUUAUGGGUACCACACAAGACGCAAGGAUUUGUGCAGGCUUCGGUAGAUGACGACAGUGAUCCAGAAAAAGUGAUUGUAGUAAUACAGGAAAAUGGUCAAAGAGUGAAGGUAAACAAGGAUGACACCCAAAGGAUGAAUCCACCAAAAUUUGACAAAGUAGAAGAUAUGGCUGAGUUAACUUGUUUAAAUGAAGCUUCCGUUCUCCACAAUCUUAAGGAACGAUAUUAUUCUGGUCUUAUCUAUACCUACUCGGGCUUGUUCUGCGUUGUUAUCAAUCCGUACAAAAGCUAUCCGAUUUAUUCGGGUAAAGUUGUGGAGCUGUACAAAGGAAGAAAACGCCAUGAAGUUCCUCCUCACAUCUUCGCCAUUACCGAUGCUGCUUAUCGCUCCAUGUUACAGGAUAGAGAGGACCAGAGUAUCCUCUGCACUGGAGAAUCUGGAGCUGGUAAAACUGAAAACACCAAAAAGGUUAUUCAAUAUUUGGCUCAUGUUGCUGCCUCCUUGAAAUCUCAGAAGCAAACAGCCUCUAAUAUUAUAGAUCAAAUGAAGGUAAGUCACAUUUGUCUAAUACUUAGUAAAAGUUAAGCUCAUGAGUACGAGAUAUCUUCAGAGUGAGGGAAACAUUUUUGAAAAGGUAAACAAAUAAAACUAUGAAUCAAGCUAAAUUUUGCUACCUCCGCAUAUGACUUAUUGUUAUAAUUAUACUGAUAUAAAGCUGCAUGUUAAUUCUAUCCCUAUAUUAUUCUUAAUGCAUUUUGUUACGAUUGACAGUAUAAGGAUAUUAAUUUGGUAAGUAUUGGUUUCUGGUGUGGCUUUGAAGUGUCUAUUUCCUUGAUGUUAAAACCCAUCCUAAACGCAAUUAAUUCUCUAUCGCUUAUGGUUUGCUGUGGUGGUUUAAAGUAACCAAACAAACUAUUUGUUUAGUAGCUUAUCUUUAUUGUUCAUUUGUUGAAUAGCUAUAUAGGCUAACAUAUAUUAAUUUAUCGUUUUACUAUUUAAUUAUAACUCCACAAUUAUAUCUAGUAAACAAUCCCUUUCCAUCAUUUAACAUUAUAAAUAAUAUAUUUAAUAUAUAUAUAAUAGAAUAAAUUAGAGGGCUUUUCAUAUAAAACCUUAUCAAGAAAUCCGAUAACAGAAUAAGCUUAUACCAAUUUUUUAGUAUAUAUAUAUACGGAUAUUGUCGCCGCCACGUUAUCCUGACUUUAUUAUAAAUUGCACUUUAGAAGGAAGUAUGCGCGCUAUGCAUUUAACAAGCCUAGUAUAAUACAACAGUUGCGUAUUAUUAAUAACGAAUUGGUUUUAUACUAUUCUUUGGACCUGCGCCAAUUGAAAAAUCUUUUUUUAGUAAUAAAAUAGCGUGUGGCAUAAAUAAGUAGAGGCAGUCUAACAUAUUUGGCUACCUCUUGAGAAUUUAGAUAUAUUUUAAGUUCAAACAUUUGUUGUCCUUGCAUGCAAUUUCAAUUUAUUAAAAAGUAAUUUGACAGUAAACAUGAUAAAUCUUUUUAAAGGGAGAACUAGAAAAUCAACUGCUGGAGGCUAAUCCAAUUCUUGAAGCCUUCGGAAAUGCCAAAACAGUUAAAAAUGACAACUCCUCUCGUUUUGGUAAAUUUAUACGCAUCAAUUUUGAUACCUCUGGCUUCAUAUCUGGAGCUAACAUUGAGACCUAUUUACUGGAAAAAUCACGAGCUGUUCGUCAAGCUCCUGAUGAGAGAAGCUUCCACAUAUUUUACCAGUUACUUGCCGGCUGUAAAGAUCCGGAGCAGAGAAGCCAGCUACUAUUACAAGACAUAAAAGAAUAUAGAUAUUUAACUUAUGGUCAAGUACCCGUUCCAGGAACUGAUGAUAUUGAUAUGUAUAAACAGCUCUUAGAUGCUAUGAAUAUCAUGGGAUUUGUGGAAGAAGAAAUACUAGCAGUUUUGAAAACAAUUUCCGCAGUAUUGCAAUUAGGAAACAUUAAAAUAAAGGCGGAUGCACGCCAGGAACAAGCAACUCUUCCAGAUAAUACUGUUGCACAAAAAGCUUGCCAUCUUCUAGGAGUUCCCGUAACGGAAAUGACUAGAGCAUUCCUCAGACCAAGAAUACGCGUGGGAAGAGAGUACGUUAAUAAAGCGCAAACAAAGGAACAAGUCGAAUUUGCAGUAGAAGCUAUCAGCAAGGCCAUAUAUGAAAGAAUGUUUAAGUGGUUGGUUCAAAGAAUUAACAAAUCUCUUGAUAGGACCAAACGACAAGGAGCAUCAUUCAUUGGUAUUUUAGACAUAGCCGGAUUUGAAAUUUUUCAUUUGAAUUCCUUUGAACAACUUUGCAUCAACUAUACCAAUGAGAAGUUGCAACAGCUGUUUAACCACACUAUGUUCAUUAUGGAGCAAGAAGAAUACAAACGCGAAGGCAUCGAAUGGACAUUCAUUGAUUUUGGAUUAGAUCUUCAACCAACCAUUGACCUCCUUGAAAAACCUGUUGGUAUUUUGUCUCUCAUAGAUGAAGAGUGCUGGUUUCCAAAGGCAAACGAUAAAACUUUGAUAAAUAAAUUAAUUCAACAACAUUCUAAUCAUCCAAAAUUCAAAAAACCAGAAGCUUUGAGGAAAAAUAAUAUUUCCUUUACUCUUAGACAUUACGCUGGUGAUGUAGAUUAUUCGUGCGAUCAAUGGCUUUUGAAAAAUAUGGACCCCUUGAAUGAAAAUGUUGUACAGCUACUUCAAGAAUCAAAUGAUACUUUCAUUAAAAAUAUUUGGAAAGACGCAGAAAUUAUAGGAAUGAGUAAUAUGGCAUCAGCAGAAUCUCAGUUUGGUGCAAGAACGCGUAAGGGAAUGUUUAGAACUGUUGGUGGAUUGUAUAAGGAGCAGCUUUCGAGGUUAAUGUCCACAUUAAACAAUACCAAUCCAAAUUUUGUUCGUUGUAUCAUUCCAAAUCACGAGAAGAAGGCUGGAAAAAUAGAUGCUCAUUUGGUCUUGGAUCAAUUAAGAUGUAAUGGUGUGUUGGAGGGAAUAAGAAUUUGUCGACAAGGGUUUCCAAAUCGAAUACUCUUUCAGGAAUUUAGACAACGAUAUGAAUUGCUUACUCCUAACGUUAUUCCUCGUGGAUUUAUGGAUGGGAAAGAAGCUUGCAGACGAAUGUUACAAUCUUUGGAACUUGAUACUAAUUUAUUCCGUAUUGGGCAAUCUAAAAUCUUCUUCAGAGCGGGUGUUUUAGCUCAUCUUGAAGAGGAAAGAGAUUUGCGUUUGACAGAUUUGAUAAUACAGUUUCAAGCGUACUGCCGAGGAUGUCUUGCUCGUCGACAGUUGAAUAAGAGGCAACAACAAUUAAAUGCACUCAAGGUAAUUCAAAGAAAUUGUGCAGCAUAUUUGAAACUGAGAAACUGGCAAUGGUGGCGACUCUUUACGAAAGUUAAGCCUAUUUUACAAGCUACUAAACAUGAAGAGGUACUACAAAACAUGGAAACAAAGUAUAAAGACGCAUCUCGAAUGUUGGAAAAUGCAGAACGAGAUGUAACCGUAAUGCGAGACCAGGUUGCUCAGUUAGCAGAGGAAAAGAACAUCCUUAGUGAAAAACUUCGUCAAGAAGCUGAGACAGCACAAGAAGCAGAUGAAGAACGUCUUCGUUUGCAAGAACGAAAAAAAGAGCUGGAAGAUAUGUUAACUGAUAUGGGAACUAGAUGUGAAGAAGAAGUCCAAAGAAUAGAGGAAGUUUCAAGAGAGAAAAACAAGCUUCAAGGUUUAUUAAAAGACUUGGAAGAUCAAUUAGAGGAUGAAGAACAAAUGAGGCAAAAAAUACAAAUGGAAAAAAUGCAAAUGGAAACUAAAUUGAAAAAAUUUGAAGAAACUUCGGCUAUGCUUGAAGACACUUUACAGAGAACUGCAAAAGAGAAAAAGACUUUGGAGGAGAGAGUAAACGAUUUAACUCAGUCACUUGGGGAGGAGGAAGAAAAAGGAAAAGGGUUGGGACGGCUAAAGACAAAAUAUGAGAAUACUAUUAAAGAUUUGGAAGAUAGGCUUAGGAAGGAGCAAGAGUUGAGAGUUAAUUUAGAAAAAGCUAAAAGACGACUAGAACAGGAAUUAGUAGAAGUAAAAGACCAACUAAACGAAAAAAUGGAGCAGCUCACAGAAUUACAAACUCAAUUAAGCAAAAGAGAAAAUGAGUUACAAAAUGCUUUAACCCAAAUUGAAGAAGAAGUAACAGGGAGAACAUCCAUGCAAAGGCAAAUAAGAGAUCUCGAAGCUCAAAUUACUGAAGCCCAUGAAGAUUUAAAAGAAGAGCGUGAAAAGAGAAAGCGUGUCGAUCAUCAACGAAAAGAAUUGGAAAAUGAUUUUGAAAAAAUGAAAAAUGAAUUGGAGGAGACCCAAGAUCAUAAUCAGGCAGUUCACGACCUGCAGAGAAAACGGGAUGACGAAUUGAAGAAAACUAUACAUGCUAUAGAAGACGAAAAAAAAUCGGCAGAUAGAACAAUUGCUGCUCUAAAACAAAAAAACCUUCAACAAGUAGAACAACUAAAUGAGCAGUUAGACCAAGUGAGAAAACAAAAGGGAACUUUGGAGAAGACUCGAGUUACUUUAGAGGCCGAAAAUAGCGAUUUAAUGAAUGAAAAUAAACUACUACAGAGUGCCAAAUCAGAAGCAGAUAGGAAACGAAAAAUUGCUGAAUCUAGUAAUGCUGAUUAUCAGCUGCGUCUAAAUGAAGCCGAAGGCGAAAGAAAUGAUUUACAAGAAAGAUCCAGUAAAUUACUGUUAGAAAUUGAUAGUUACAGCCAACAACUAGCAGCAGCUGAAUCUUUGCUUGCCCAAUCCAAGAAGCAGGUGGAAUUUCUUGAAGGCCAAUUGCAUGACAAUCAAGCCAAUCUUGAAGACGAAACUAGGGGAAAACUCUCGUUUCAAAAUCAACUCAGAACUCUGGAGAGAGAAAACGACAAUCUUAAUGAUCAAAUUGUAGAGUUAGAAGAGCUGAAAGGAAAAUACGAAGCAAAACUGAAUGAAAGAGAGAGAAAAGAAGCUGAUCUAAAGAGAAAUCUAGAGGCUGAAUCAUUAGCCGCUAAAACAGCAGAAGAAUCCAAAUCAAAACUUUCCAGAGACAUCAUUGAAUUGGAAGAUCGCCUUUCUGCUAUGCAACUAGAUCUUGACAAAGCGCUAAAAUCCAGAAAUAAGUACCAAACUGAAUUGGAAGACGCUCUAAAUGAAGUUGCUCAGUCACGCAAUCAGCUUGCAACUUUGGACCGUAAAGCUAGAAAGUUCGACCAAGGAAUGGCUGAAGAGAGAGUAGCUCGAGAUAAAGUCGUCGCUGAACGCGAUCAAAUCGCAAGCGAAUGCAGAGAUAAAGAGACUAAAAUUCUAACCCUCCAAAGAGAAGUAGAAGAUGUUGCUGUCAGGAUGAAUGAACUGGACAGAAUAAAUAAAAGACAAAAAUUAGAAUUAGAUGAGAUUAUCUCCAGUAAAGACGCUAAAGGUCAAAACGCUGCUGAAUUAGAACGAAAUAACAGAUUAUUGAAUGAUAAAAUUCAAGAGUUGGAGCAGCUUUUGAUAGAACGAGAAGACGAGGUGCUUCUGGCGGAAGAUGCUAAAUCUAGAAUUGAAGUCACGUACAAUGCUCUCAAACAACAAAUGGAAAGAGAGAGAGCUGCGAAGGAGGAAAGUGAAGAAGACGCUAGACGAGCUCUACUUAGACAAUUAAGAGAUUUGGAAAAUCACUUAGAUGAAGAAAGAAAACAAAAAAAUACAAUUCUUUCUGAAAAAAAGAAAUUAGAAUUCCAACUAAAUAGCAAAGACGAAGCUUUGGAAAAUGCAAUUAGAGGAAGGGAUGAAACUAAUAAAGCUUUGAAACGAGCUUCAGUAACUGCUCAGCAGUAUCAGAAGGAGGCUCAGGAGGCUUUUCAACAAAAGGAUGAAGCUAUCAACAAAUUGAGGCAACUUGAGAGACGAGUUAAGCAACUCGAAGGAGAAUUACAACAAACCAAUGACAUUUUCCAAAAUAUGGAAAGAGUAAAGAAAAUGGCUGAAGCCGAGAGAGAUGAGGCACUGAAUGACUUAGCCACCGUGGAAUCUCUAAAGAAUUCAGCAAUAGAAGAAAAGAAAAAAUUAGAUGGUCGUUUAACGGAACUAGAAGAAGAAUUAGAUGAUGAGCAAAGCCAUUCAGAAGCCCUGGAAGAAAAGUUACGAAAAUUACAGCAACAGGUUGAGCAGAUAACCAGCGAACUUCAGUCAGAACGAGGCAAUGCGCAAAAAAUGGAAGUUGAAUGCGAAAAAUUAGGACGACAGAAUAGAGACUUGAAGUCCAAGAUAGCUGAACUUGAAGACCAAGUGCAGACCAUAAAUCGCACGAAUCGACAACAGCUAGAAGGAAAAAUUGUGACUCUGGAAGGACAAUUGGAUAAAGAACUUCGUGAAAAGACGCUGUUAAGUAGACAGACUCGAAAAGCUGACAAGAAAUUGAAAGAUAUGCAAAUGGCUAUUGACGACGAACGUAGAAUCGCAGAGCAAAUGAAAGAACAAAUGGAACAAGCUAAUAAUAAAGUUAAACUUGUUAAAAGGCAAUUGGCUGAAGGUGAAGAGGAAACUAGUAGAGUAAAUCAACAAAAAAGGAAAAUCCACCGAGAAUUGGACGAGGCAAAUGAAACUAUUCAUAAUCUACAAAUAGAAAACGAAACUUUAAAAGCCAAAUUAAGAAAUGCUAAUCAAGGUCUCUCGGGCGGGGGUGAAAACUGAAGCAGUUAACGACGAAUGGGACGUCACAGCAUAUUAACCUCGCGAGGCAUAGCUGCUCUGGACGAUAGUGAUGAUGGCGAUAUUGAUCAUUCUGUGGCUAGUUCAGAUGGAACUAGCGAUUCUAUGAAAAUAACGCGGUCAACUCCAGAUGAUUCAACGGCUUAAUUCUGCUUGACAUUUAUCUUUUAUAGCUAUUAUCUCAUUCGUAACUUAUGAUUUAGCCUUUCUAAAUAGACUUGAUAACAGAUUUCUAGACGCAAAAUUCCAGCAAUCAUUGCAAGUGCUAAAAAAAAUUACACAUUUAUAUUACCAUGUUGUUACUGCUUUUCUUUCAUUUCGAUACUAUUUCCCUACAUGUCGCUACUGCUGAGAAAAUUGUUAGCAUUGGUUUUCAUAUUUUUCGUAUCUUACAAAUUAUAUACACACCUUUAUAUGAUAGGGCAUAAUACUGUAUUUAUAUUAACAUUUAUUCGUGAAAAGUGAUAUCUAACAGUUAUGAUAUUUUGCUAUUUCUCGUUUCUAAAAACUUUGUGCUUAAAAUCGAAACUAGAUACUAUUUUACUACUUAAACCAACGCGUAUAUUAAUACAAGAUGGACGGACAUGAUAAGUAAAAGUAUACGGGUUAUAAGUCAACGCAUAGCAUUAAGCAAACUUCAAAAGAACACUUGAGGGAUACAAAAAUAUCUACAAUACUAUAAUACAUCCUCUAUUCAGUAUCAAAUCUUGAACAUGAUCAAACUUAUAAAAAUAAAUUAAGGCUAGUUGGCUGGGAACACGAUCACGGUUAAAUGCAUACAAUAUAUUAAAUGCCAGUUAACAGGAAACGAGAUCCAAAGUAAAAAAA